ACUUCCGCCCGCCCCGCCGGGCCCCGCCACUCGCCAGCUGAGCCGGUUGCGGCCGCGGAAGCGCCGGGCCUCGUCCUCCUGCUCCGCCGCCGCCGCCGCCGCCGCCGCCGCCUCCUCCUCCUCCUCGCCUCGCCCCCGCCGCCGCGGCCGACAUGAGCUUCUUGUUCGGUAGCCGGUCUUCUAAAACAUUUAAACCAAAGAAGAACAUUCCAGAGGGAUCCCAUCAGUAUGAGCUCUUAAAGCACGCAGAAGCCACGCUUGGCAGUGGCAAUCUUCGGAUGGCUGUCAUGCUGCCAGAGGGAGAAGAUUUAAAUGAGUGGGUUGCAGUGAACACUGUGGAUUUCUUCAAUCAAAUCAACAUGCUUUAUGGCACCAUCACAGAUUUCUGUACAGAGGAAAGCUGUCCGGUGAUGUCAGCUGGCCCAAAAUAUGAAUAUCACUGGGCAGAUGGAACAAACAUAAAGAAGCCUAUUAAGUGCUCUGCACCAAAGUAUAUUGAUUACUUGAUGACCUGGGUUCAGGACCAGUUGGAUGAUGAAACACUAUUUCCAUCAAAAAUUGGUGUCCCGUUUCCGAAGAAUUUCAUGUCUGUGGCAAAAACUAUACUCAAACGCCUUUUUAGGGUUUAUGCUCACAUUUAUCAUCAGCAUUUUGACCCUGUGAUCCAACUUCAGGAGGAAGCACAUCUCAAUACAUCUUUCAAGCACUUUAUUUUUUUUGUCCAGGAAUUCAACCUCAUUGAUAGGAGAGAACUUGCACCACUCCAAGAACUGAUCGAAAAGCUCACGUCAAAGGACAGAUAAACGAUGCAGAACUGUGCAAAUUGUUCUUUAUGUGAAGCUGCGUGGAGUGUAUUUGUAUUUUUGUUGUAUUUUAUUUUUAUCUCGAGUUUGUCUUUGGGGGGCUUUUCUGGGUUCUCUUUCUGAAUAACUGAAACCAUAUGCUAUUGUUAGUGAAAGCCAAGAACAAUUCGCUAUACAUUUGAUAGUGGUAAAUAUUAUCUUAAUGAUUUGCAGUAUAUGUGUGUAUAUAUACAUUCUCUAUAUAUACACACACAUACUAUAUAUUGUUCAAGUUGAUUUUGGUUACUUGUGGAAUUUAUGACAUGUUUGGAAAGAAAUUGCUUUUUAAAUGGACUGCUGAUGGACUGGGGUUCUGUGUUGUAUAAUUUGUGGCCAAUUUUUUAUGUCCCCAAAAGACUUAUGUUUUUAAGUGCCUUGGCAGGCUCACUUCUGAGGUGCAAAGCACAGACUUAAAACUAACAGGGCUUGAAACAAUAUUAGGAUUAAUAAUUAUCCAGGGCACUUACUGAUGCAUGUUUAAAAUAGCUAUGAUAAAAGCCAUAGUUUACCUAAAUUGGUAAUCUUCAGCUUUUAUUACAUCGAAGAAACAUACUGGUAAAGGUAUGCAUGUAGAACAUAAAGUAGUACUCAUAAUUAUUUUUUAUAUUGAUAAUAAUUCUGUUCAGCAGAUAUUUAAAGUUCUACAAGCAGGUCUUUUUUCCAUCUCUUGAUAUUUCUGUGAUAGUGAAACUUGAUGUUGAAAUGUAAUACCUAUUGCAUUUUGACUUUUACAUGUUAACUGCACUGUGGGUGUGAAAAUUCAGGUUAUAUAGAGGCUUGCCAUCUUCAGAGGUGAUACUGAACUGUGAGGUUUCUUAGCACUUGCCAAAUGAGCCAUAAAUCUGCAGAAUCCCCUUCACUUUGAAGAGGAGGAGAUAGGAGUGAAUGUUAGAUUGUAUGAGUUGCACGGAUUAUUUUGGAGAGAUAGGGAUGGCAUUAUGUAUUGGGGAGCUGAGUUUUAGAAAGUCCUAUCUUAGAACCCUUAAGUAGAAUGGCAUGAAAGUUUUUAAUCAAUUCCUUAUACAAAUAGUCUAAGAGACUACCUUUUAGUAAGCAACUUCCAUGAGAAGUUAAAAAUAAAUUAUUAAUUUUAGGUAUAGACAUUAGACGUGGAAUUUAAGGACUGUCUGGAGGAAAUGAAUUACUUUUCAGCAAUUCCAUUCAGUGAAUGGAGCUGGUUUUUGCCUGUCAUUUUAAAAUGACAGCGAGAGUAUGUUCUUUGCAUAUUAUAGUCCCAAAUUUUGAAGCUUAUAUCAUCUGAUUUUUCUACUAUGAAGAGAAAUAUUUUUCUUUUCAAUGAUAUCACAUAAUGAAAGUCCUAAUUUAAGUUACUAGUUUUUGUAAUUUAUUUUGCCAUGGCUAAAAUUUUUAGUGAAUCACCUCAUAAGUAAAGAGUUCAGAAAUUUAGUUUUUAAAAUAAAGUGACAUUUUUUGACUUCAGUUUCAUUCUUGAAAAAUAACUCCUUUCAGAUUUAGUUUUAAUUUUGUCAUUUCUGAGAAAUCUUUUUCUUCAUUUAGAGAUUUCCUUCAUUUAAAAAUAGCUUUUUGUAGAGCUGAAAUCUUACUCUAAAAUUUAUAGACUAAAAACACUAAGAAAAGAAUCUAAGGUAAAGUCAUGUUUUUGCUGCUAAUGCUAAUAACAACUAGAGCAGUGAUAAAAGUUAAUGCCAUUUCAAUUAUUAUCACUCGCCUUUUAUUACCAGCCACCUUUUUCUCUGUUUCAUUUCUUGUAGUUUUCAGCCAAUUACCAGUAGUCAAAUAAUGGGAGAACCUGGCAGAGACAAGUAUAUUGCACAUUCAUUGGUAAAAACUGAUUAAUAAACUGCACUGAGAACUAGCUGAUUUCCUUAAAUCUUUGACUAGCACAUAAUUAUUUGUCUUCCAUACAUUUGGUUCAUAUCAUCAGUAGUAAUAGGCAUGACGGUAGUCAAGUGUAGAGGGAGUGGGGAAAUACCUUGCUUCCUCUUUUAAGCCUUAUAAAAGAGAACACUGUACAAAUGGAAAAAAUAUUUCUAUAAAUGAGUACUUAGUACUAGGAUCCUUUCCCACCAUAUGUAGAUGGGUGUGUGUUGUCACGGUGUGUGUCUCAGGUUCCUGCUGCUGAGUAUUCCUUUAAACAGAGGGUAAUGGGAAGUAAGGACAUAAGUCUGUGUAUAUAUGGUAGUAACAUAGAGAAGUUCUUCCCAGGUGAGUCCAGGCAAACCCUAGAGCGUGUCAGAAAUAGCCAAUUUAAUUACAAAAAAUUGUUGAUUCAGUUGUUUCCAUGGUUGUUAUCAAGAUAACCCUUUAUAAAAUGAGGGUCAGUUCUCAGUUUUGAAGCAGCAGGGCUUGUUUUUAAUUAGCUACUGGAUUCUUUACAGAUUAAUUUAUAAAUAACCACGAUGACGACUCCCCAUGAUCUUUAUACAAUGAAAGUUUGUGUUCUUGUUUCCUUAUUAAAACAUCCCAUAAAGGGGUUGGAGUGAUAGUACAGUGGGUAGGAUGUUUGCCUUGCAUGCGGCCGACCUGGGUUCAAUUCCCAGCAUCCCAUAUGGUCCCUGUAUACCACCAGGAGUAAUUCCUGAGUGUAGAGCCAGGAGUAACCCAAAAAGCCAAAAAAAAAAAAGUAAAAGUAAAACAUCUCAUAAAACAAAAUAGUAAACAGAAAUGUUUAUAUGAAGCAAGUUUUAGAGGUUAUUUUAAAUGAUGGAGCCAAUGAAUGGGGGGGAAAAAUGAACAGUGAGAAUCAUUUAGUCAGCAGUAGAUGGUGCUGCUAGCCUUCAUUUGACUUAAUUAUAUUAGACUUCACUUAAACACUAAAGGUGUGCUAGUCAAGAGUGUGUUCUGGUAGAGACUUUGAAGGUCACUAUUGACCCAUCUCUUUCUGCCUUUUUUGGCUUUUAUAAGUUCUAGAUGGUCAACAUAAAAUGUAUUUAGUAGAAGAUGUGUUUAAUAAGUAACUACCUGGUUCAGCAUGAAGGGUAAAGCACUACAAUCUUACAUUGAGGAAGUACAAAUGGUGUUAUGAAUAUUUAUAAUUCACAUGAAAUUACCAAACUCCAUAUUAUAGAUUAGCAUUUUCUAAUAUUUCAUAUGCUGUAGCAGUGUGGUCCUGUUCAUCGAUUUGCUCAAGCGGGCACCAGUAAUGUCUCCAUUGUGAGACUUGUUACUGUUUUUGACAUAUUGAAUACACUAUGGGUAGCUUCCCAGGCUCUGCUGUGUGGGUGGGAUACUCUCGGUAGCUUGCCGGGCUCUCCGAGAGGGACCGAGGAAUCGAACCUGGGUUGGCCUCGUGCAAGGCAAAUGCCCUACCCGCUGUGCUAUCGCUCCAGUCCAUUUUGUACUCUAAACAUUCAAAUAAGAUAAUCAUCAGACUGGUUCUUUUGGGAUGCUAUUUAUCCAUCUAUGCCUUAAAGAUGCAGUGUGUUUGGAGUGCUUUCAGGAAACACCCUGAGAAUUGUUAGAUGACUGUGUAAGAAAACCUGUAUGUGUUUUAUCUUCCAAACCUGUUCAGUAUGUCCCAUUCACCAGACCAACUUUUCUGUUUUCUUAGAACUAAAAAUCAUUAAAAACAAAAUGUGCCAUAGAUUCUGAAUUUGCAAAAAAAAAAAAAAAAAAAACCUCUAAAUUUGCAGAAGAGAAUGUUUUGGGAAUCAUUUAAUAAAGGAAUGGUUUUUUUCAUGUCAUUACUUUUAAGUCAACAGCAUCAUUUGGGUAUAUAUAUUAUAUUUUAUUAUCUUACAGUUAAAUAUGUGGUUUUUAAAACUCUUGUUUUCUAUUUUUUGUAUCUUUCUGAUAACCAGAAUGCUAUCUUGACUACUAUAGAAUUGUUGUGAUUGAAGGGAAAAUAUGGGAGGAAAUGGAUUUGAUUAAUUAUGGUAGAAGUAAUUUAAGGAAACAGCCUUUACCGUCAUCUUUUUUUCCUCCCUAACAUAUUUUUACUCAAAUGAACAAUUUGAUUUUUGGUUUGGUUUUGGGCCACCCCCAGUGGUGCUCAGGGCUUACUCCUAGCUGUAUGCUUCGGGAUCGCUCCCGCUGGUGCUUGGGACCAUAUGUGGUGCUGGGAUCAGCCUGGGCUGGCAAGUGCCUUCACCCCUCUGCCAUCUUUCCAGCCUCAGCAAUUAGAAUUUAAAGACUGAGUGUUACUGUAGAAAAAAAUUACCAUUCUGAACUUAAACUUUCUUAUCACAGAUAAAUUAUUUAAAAUUGUAUUACUGUACCACAUGUAACUUUUAACACUUUGAGUGUUUUUCUAAGGAGAUUGGGUUACACAUAGAGUUGUAUUAAAAUACGUUUAACUAUAUCCCAGGGGGGAAAAUUUAACUUAGUUUGAGACUUAUCUGUGAUAUUAAAGAAUAUAACAAUUAUGUUUUAAUUGUUAUAGGGGUUGCACCUUGAAGUAUUCAGCUGGGAAUAACUUCUGGGCCACUGGGGCCACAAGUGUGGUGCUUUGGGGGUGGAGAGGGGAACGGACUCGGAAUAACCCAGACCUUCACACUUUUCGAGCACGCGCACUGUCAAUUGGAACACAUCCCUGGCCCUUCUACUUUUUAUAAAUGCUACUCUAGAUCUAUAUUUUAUGGACCAUUUAAAUAUUAGGGGUUUGUUAAUAUUAACCAUAGCAUUUACUGUUUUCAGCAUUCAGUUUAAGGGUAUAUGAAAUAAAUGAUUUCAUUAUAUGAAAUAAAUAAAUGAUUUCAUAUACCCUUAGUGAUAAAGAUCUCAAGAUUUAAUGGAAAUUAAAAAAUUUGAGAUGUAAUAACUGCAUACAAUUUGAAUUUUUAAUAAUUUCUUACUGAACUACUCAGAAUUUAUUUUGAAGACAGAAAACUGCUCCAGGUCUUUACUUUUAGCUGAACUAACAGAUCUUACAAAAGAGAAAAUAGAAAUUUAAAGUGUUGAGUUCUCUCAGUUUUGCUGCUGUGAUUUUUUUUUCUGCAUAUAAAAAAACCAUACAAUAAAGCAAUUUGGAAUUGUGAUUCACAGAAAUAAUAAAAAACAGUGGCCUUUCCCCCCCGCCCACCAGUGAUAUAUUUAACUUUCCUUGCCUCUCCUUGGAAAUAAAUUUUUUCUUAAUAUAUUGAUUUUCUGUAUCUCAUCCUAACCCCAUUCCCAGCACCCUGGUUUGGAAGCAAAACAGUGAUUGUGUGGGUCUUGUUGUAAUUCUUAAGUAUUUUCUGUUAAUACAAAGAUUGCCGUUUAAGUGGAAGAUGCAAUUUACAUAAGCAGUUUUGGUUUGUUUUAGUUAAAUUAUGUCACUGAAGCUGACUGAGAUUACUGAGGCAGUAAAAUAAUGUUGUUUAACUUUUCAUAUAUCUUUAAAUUCUUAGACAAUGAUGUCUCAUAGCUUUGCACAUACUUUCAUUUGUUUUUUAUCUAAAUAUCUUAAUUGUGCAGGCUGUAAACAAGAUCACUCCAUUUUAAUUUAGAAACAAUUUUUCCUUAAUUUGUUCUGCAGAGGUUAACUAUUUUUAGGGGAACUAGUUUUUUACGGCCACUAAAUUGUAUUCAUUAUUUUUGUACAUGUGUAACUAGGUUGGUAAGGGCACUUAUUUUAUGGGGAACAAGUUACUUUUGUUCUGUUUGAACACUUCCUACGCUUUAUUGCUUAUAAUUUUCUAGAAAUAGUGUCAUAAGAUCUAGAUUAAGAGACAAUACACUCUGAAGUGUGAAAUGUUUGAUGGAUUAUUUCCGAGGUCAAAAGUGGAAGAACAGAGCCAUGCCUGGCUAUGAAAGAAUAGGGUAGCAUGCACAUUAUGCAAAUGCUGCAGAGAAUGUGUUAGGGUCCCACUCACAUGGAGACAAAUAGUUACUCUACAUUAAAGUAGCUGGAAGGGGGAGAAUGAUUAUAAAAUAGGAAAUGCAAUGGGUGCUGUAUUGUAAAUUGUGCCAAGAUUACUCAGAUUGUAAUUGUUACUGAUGAAAGUGUAACAGCUUCAUUUUUAUUUCAGAAGGGUUACUGAAUGUUAGAAAAGCUCUAAGAUGUUUUAAUUGAGAGCUGUAAAUAACAUAUACAGAAAUGUAUGUGGCGGGAUGGGAAAUAUUUUAAUUCUAGAUUUUUUUUAAAGAAUUUGUUAUUUAAAAUGUUAAUAAAUAGUUAUGUUUGCCCAUGAA